AUGCGCAUAGUUGGGCCUCCAAUCUUACGGUUAACUCAAUUGACGCCUUUUUCACGCCAGCUAGUAGGAGCAGCACACAUUUGUCGUGUAUCAGCCUACAAAUGCCAUUUUCAUCGAACCAUAUGUCACCAUGCGCGUCGCGCUAUACUACACCCACGCGUAUCUAUCAGCGCGACGCAAUCUCGAAUUCGGAAGGGUGCCAAAACUCAGGCCACUGUGAAGUUACAAGACCUCCCGCAGGGUGUGAUCAAGUUGGACACUUAUGAUGAUGGGGUUGAUGAUGCUCCCCGCUACCCGACUGUAGUCCAAGGACACCGCAAUAAUAUGCAGAAAUUCAAGAACUGUGUGAUCCUGACUAGAGUCGGGGGCUUCUACGAGCUUUACUUUGAACAAGCCGAAGAGUUUGCGCCGUUGCUUAGUUUGAAACUCGCGACUAAAAGAACCAGCGCCGGACCAGUUCCCAUGGCUGGAUUUCCCUUUUUCCAAUUAGAUCGUUUCCUCAAAAUCCUUGUUCAGGACCUUAACAAAUACGUCGCUAUCAGUGAGGAGUUUGCUCACGAGGCGGAAGACAAAGCUCGAUCAGGAGGCUUACUAUUCGAUCGAAAAGUGGCCAGGAUCGUCACCCCAGGCACCUUGAUCGAUGAAAAGUUCAUUGACCCUUCCGAAAACAAUUUUUUGUUGGCCAUAUAUCUAGAUAUUCCUGAUUUGAAAGUCCAAUUAAACCAACAUGUUGACCCUGAGUCCUCUCAACAUGUAUUGUCCUCCGUGCCGCAGCGUGUAGGGUUGUCUUGGUUGGACCUGUCAACAGGAGACUUCUUUACUCAACUGACAACAGCACAGACGCUUCCAUCUGCCAUUGCCAGGAUCGGAGCUCGUGAAAUCCUUGUUGACCAGAAUGUCCAAGAUCUUAUCGGGCAAGAGUUGCAGCAGCUCGUUGGACAUGAGCAUCGUCUUGUUACCUUCUUUCGAUAUCCUGAAACAUUUGCACCAAUGUCAGAAUGGAGUUCAAUGCUCGAAUCUCCAAUCCCAGAAGAUACGCAUGCAACCUUUACUCCAGAAGAAGUAGCCGCGGGGUAUAGCCUAUUGGAAUAUAUUCGAGUGCAACUGCAAGGAUCGAAUCUCAAACUCCAGCCGCCCCGUCGGAGACAUCUGGAUGAGUCAAUGAGUAUUGACCGCAAUAGCUUGAGAGGACUUGAGAUGUUAGAAACCGCACGAGAUGGGUUUGGGAAGGGAAGUUUGCUUCACGCGGUGCGCAGGACUUCUACCAAGAGUGGUGCCCGUCUUCUGCGCGAUCGACUCACUUCUCCAUCCACGUCACUUACGGCCAUUAAUGAGCGGCUUGACCUUGUCUCAAUUUUUAUCGAAAGCGAGGACCUACGAUACAGCGUAAUGCAAUUGCUAAAACGCAGCUAUGACUCCCAACGAUUAGUACAGAAAUUUGCGAUGGGUAAGGGAGACCCGGAUGAUUUGAUCUGCCUUUCACGAGCCAUCGAAGCCUCUAAGGGUGUGAAACAAGUCCUUUCUGACUAUGCACGACUGCUGCCUGAAAAUGCAUCGGAUGCCAAAAUCAGUCUCACAUCAAUGAUUUCACGCCUUUAUCUUGAAGGACCCACUGCCCUUGCCGACAAAAUUCUGGCCGCCAUUGAUGAAGAGGGCCUUCUUCAGCAGCAGCGUAUUCAGGAUAGCACCGCUGCUGAAGCAGCCAGCUUGGCACAGGAGGUUACCAUAAAUGAAGGCACUUCGACUGAUUUGGAGUCAUUGCCCAAGAAAGUCAAAGCCAAGAAGGGUGACAAGACGGCAGCCGAGCCGGAAGCUGGGUUGAUCGAGACAUGGAUCAUGAGACGUAAUGCGAGUGAAGGGCUGAACGCUCUUCAUACGGAGCUAGAAGGGUUGUUGGAUGACAAAGUCGCAUUGAUCAAACGGCUUCGCGAAUAUGUAGGAUCUCCAGCCUUGAAUUUGAAGUGGACUCCUGGUUUGGGUCACAUUUGCCACGUUAAGGGAGCCAAAAUUUCACAGGCGUCUCUUGAAGAGUUAGGAGUGACUCGAAAUGUCUCGUCAACCAAAUCAACCCGCUCCUUUUAUCUCCCGGCAUGGACAGAACUAGGAAAUAAAUUGGACCGUGUCACAGUCCGCAUUCGCCAAGAAGAACAGGCAAUCUUUGAACGUCUACGUCGUGAAGUGAUUCUGAACCUUGUUAAAAUCCGCCGCAAUGCAGCUGUCAUGGAUGAGCUGGAUGUUGCCUGUUCCUUUGCCACGCUUGCUCAGGAACAGCAAAUGGUUCGGCCUAUUCUCAACGACGGGACCACUCACAAGAUCGUGGGAGGAAGACAUCCGACAGUGAAACUCGGCUUGGAGGAGAAGGGCAGAUCCUUCGUGAGCAACGACUGCUUCCUCGGUGAUCAGGAACGGAUCUGGCUCAUAACUGGUCCAAACAUGGCAGGUAAAAGCACAUUUCUGCGCCAGAAUGCUUUGAUUACCAUCCUCGCGCAGGUGGGUUCAUAUGUCCCUGCAGCAUACGCCGAGAUAGGUAUCGUGGACCAGAUCUUUAGUCGCAUCGGAGCAGCGGAUGACCUCUUCCGUGAUCAGUCGACAUUCAUGGUAGAAAUGCUCGAGACUGCUACUAUUUUGAAGCAGGCUACCCCACGGUCCUUUGUGAUCAUGGACGAAGUGGGCCGGGGCACCACUCCCGAGGACGGAACGGCUGUCAGCUUUGCUUGUCUUCACCACUUGCACUACCAUAAUCAGUCCCGUACACUCUUUGCUACACACUUUCACGGCUUAGCAGACAUGACAGAGAAGUUUGAACACCUGGAGAGAUACUGUACCGAUGUGAAAGAGACAAGCUCUGGUUCCUUCUCCUUUGUUCAUCGUCUUCGCAAAGGCGUCAACCGCGAGUCACACGCAUUAAAGGUUGCCCAGCUGGCUGGCCUCCCUCGCGAGACAAUUGAAUUGGCGACAAGUGUACGCCAGGAGUUGAGAAAUGAGAUCCAUCCACCCCGGUCUAAUUGA